GUCAGUCAUGUUGUAUACCAGUACACUUGGGAAAGCGUUUCAGGUGCGAUUUGUGAUGGACGAUUCUAUCGAAGUCUUCCUCCAGGAUAGGAGUGUGAGGUUCCUGCAUCGUCACCAGGACAAACCAGUGCUCACAGCGUCCACCGGAGCCUUGCUGGCUGGUUUCUACGGACUGUGGACAAUGUUUGCUCUGCCGGGCUCCCGGAAGGUGCCCAUAAGGCUCAAGGUGCCCUACCUGCCAUCGAGUGCCACACAGACCAGGAAUGUAAUGAAACUCUUAGAGGGACGGCAAGGCUCUCUUGCUGAUCUGGGAUCAGGUGAUGGCAGACUGGUGUUUGCAGCAUCCUCUGCAGGGUUCCAGUGCACUGGAUUUGAAAUAAACCCUGUGCUGCUGGCCUACUCCAGAGGUAAGGCACGGUGGAGGGGGCUCCCAACCAGCCAGGCCAACUUUGUAAACAAGGACUUCUGGAAGACUGACCUUUCAAGAUAUGACAAUGUCACAGUAUUCUUAGCCCCUGGCGUGAUGGAGGCCUUGGAGCAGAAGCUGCUAGCAGAGCUGCCUGACCAUGCCAGAAUCAUCGCCUGCCGUUUCCCCUUCCCCCACUGGGCAGCCUUUCACUCCGAGGGAUCUGACCUGGACCAGGUGUGGGCCUACAACAUCAGCGCUGUCCGCAAGCCUGCCAUGUGACCUCCGUCCUCACCAACACCCUGUGACCUGCACUAUACCUAGUAUACAACAUGUACAUUCAGUGGAUGAGUAAUCCCGACUGCCAGUUCAAGUAUUUUUUUUUCCCAGCACAUACUAAGGAAUGCUGUAUAGUACCAAAGCUGUUUCCUUUUUCAGCACAUGACACCUGAUAACUUUAUAAAUAUUUCUGCAGCAAGUUGUCUUUUUUACCCACAAUGCACCAGCAAAACAAAAAAUUAUGUGGUGAAGUAAAAA